AAUUACGAAAUAACUUGACCGUUAAUAUUGCUCCAUUUCAGCCACAAAUACAUAAAGCCGCCGAGGAUAAUUCCUUCAACAUUGAACAAAAUUGAGAUUAAUUACUUGUUUUUCAUCAUCGCCAAGGAAUGAAUUUGAGCGUCCCUGUGAGAGAACUUUCAGUUGCGGUGAUUCGAGCAGAAUCAACGCGGCGCCGUAGAGCGCUAAGAAGGUUUGAUAAAGAGUUAGCCAACCGAAAUUACAAGGCUGCUCACUCUCAAUUGAAGCAAUUACUGAACAAGCCCGGUGGCCUAAUUGGCUUCGCUUCUGCCAAAUUGGUGCCUAAAAAUAUACCAGCAAUGAAUACACAACAACUAUGUAUGGUUGACUCAAUUCUGUCUUCAAUCAAAUAUAGCAUCAACUUUGAUCCAUUAUCAGAUGACGAGGUCUUAUUGGCAGGAAUGGAAGAUGCUACGAGGAGUGAUACCAAUAAUUCCGCUUAUGAAGAUCAUCAAAUGUGUUUGGAACAUGAGGCUGGCCAUUUUCUGGUUGGUUACCUGGUGGGAGUCAUACCAAGAAGCUAUGAAGUACCUAGUGUGGAGGACAUUACACAGAACAAAUUUGCUCAGGGAAAUGUUCGGUUUCUUGGCUUCGAAUUUAUCAAAGAAGAAACCAGAGCCAAAAUCUCAUCUCAGACUUUGAACAAGUUCUUGUGUGUGAUACUUGGAGGUUUAGCAGCUGAGCACCUGGUAUUUGGAUACUCAGAAUUACUUCAUUCAGAUGUUCAAAAGUUGGACAGAGUGCUAAGGUUGUUGUGCUUCAAUGAGAAUGAAGCUGAGUCUCUGGUAAGAUGGGCUGUUCUUACCACUUUGUCACUAUUAAGUCAUCAUCAAGAGGCUUUAUCAAGACUAGCAGAGGCCAUGGCUUCAAGAAGAUCAAUUGGAUAUUGUAUUGAUGUCAUAGAGAGCACUUUGUGAGACCAUGAGGUUUUAGCCUACAUGAGUCACAAACUUGGGGGAAGCCAAGGUGGCUCUUUAAGAACAUAUGGGCUAGAAAUGGUUGAUGAGACCUAUCCAAUUGGGAUAAUUGGGCCCUAUAAAGUGAUGGAGAGUUUUAUUUGGGAUUCGGGUGCAAGUAGCCAUGGUCGGAGCCACCUAUAUCAAAGGAUGGUCAGGUGCACACCAUUCAUCGAAAAA